AUGUCUCAUUCUGCCAAAGAAUACCUCCCCAUCGUCUUCGCUGAUCUCCAAAUCUCUACUAAAAACGACUAUUACAUCGAAGAGAAACUCCCCAUCCUCAAAUCACACCACCAUACAACAUCUCAACCCAAAUUGUCCAAAGUCACUACACCAUCCAAAUCCCAAUAGGAAAUAAUUAAUCAUCAGAAUGCCAUUAAAAAAAUAGUGUUCCCCAAUAUACUCCAAAGAACGAAACAAGAUAUCAAAAAAUAUCGAAAACAUCAACUCUCUUUGAUAAGUGAUGAAAUCUCAAACUCACAACCCAUUAUCGAAUUAGAACAUAAAAAAAUAAGCAAAACCAAUAGCUAAUCUCCACUUAAAUUGCAUUCUUAAUAACCAAGUUAUAUUAGCAAUUACCCAAUAAGAACAGAUCUUUCAUCUUUAAUAUUCGAUAAUAAUUUAGAAUCUUAAUCAAAUGAUUCCAUUGUCAAGUUUCGUAAACUAAGUCCAACUUUCAAUGAAACAUCAUGGUAAAAAGUAGACAAAGUCAACAGAAUCAAUUUAGCUCAUGAAGUCUAAAAAGAAAUACAUCAUUUGGAAAGAUUCAAUGCAUAUUGGAAACCAGAUAUGAUUAAUUAAUAUCUGCAGCUAAAAAUCGUGCAUUAAGGAGUGAACUAGAAAAGAGGAAACAAGAGAAUAUUUAUAUUAAUGUACCUUCCUCAUCAAACUCUUGUUUUAAAAAGUUCACAAGUUGAAGUAAAAAAUAGUCCUUUAUCAUUAUAACUAAAUACUUUGACAUACUUUGUUCCGCUUUACGAGAAGAUUAGUAAUUAGAGUGAACUAACAGAAAAUUACAAUAUUUGGUCAAAGCACUUUUUAGAUUUACUACAUUAUAAAUAACACAUCAACACAGUAAAAUUUUACUUUUUAGAUGGCAAAGAACUUUAAACAUUAAAUUAAAUACCUUCUUAUGAAAAGUUUAUAUAUUGCAACUUACAUGGAGAAUUUGAUCUUUGGAAUAGAGUUGGAUAAACUUUAAAUUUAGGAGGACAAUUUUAAUUAGAUAAGUAUGUCAAAUUGGCCACAAAAAUGGUAGAUCUAAGAUCGAAGGAUGAUAUUCUUAAAUUUUUUGGUAAAAGAGAUAAUUUUCUACCUUUUUAUUCGAUGGCUUAUAAUUAAGAAGAUGAAUGUGCAAAAUCUCCUAUUUUACAAUAAAUAGAAAUGAUUCAGCAAGAUGCAGAUGAUGAAUAAUUGAAUGAUGAAGUGAUUGAUUAAUCCAUCUUUCAAAUGAAUAAGAAUCAAUAGAAAGCAUACUUAAAAACAAUAAAGUAAUUUAUUCAAUAAAAUAAAACUAAAUACUCAUAAACACUGGCUAAUUAAGAAGCUGGCAUGAGGCAAAGAAAACAGAAUAUUAAAGAAAUUAGAAGAAAAUCAAUAGAAAUUAAAUUAAAAGGAUAAAAGUAAAUGUUGGAUCUUAAUGAGGAAACUCACAUAGAAAUGAAAUUACUACAUGAGGACACUUAGUCAAUUGAUGAAAUUAAGGAAGAUGCAGUGGAUAAAGUAGAUGUGUUUAAGAAUGCAAUAUAUAAAAAGUUACCAAAAAAAAUAGAAUUAACUAAUGAUCCAUUUUCAAGCUUCUCUUCGAAAGACAAUAAAAAAUUUAAAGAAAUUAUGAAGUUGAUUAAUAUUGAACAAAUAGUAUUGGAGAAAAAGUUGAAUAGAUAGGAUGUUAUGCAUUACCUAUCUUUAUUCAAGGCUCUAAUGGAUUCAGAUAAUCUAAAUUAUUUUACUACCAGCCAAUUAGAUUAUCCUUCCUUAUAUAUUUCCAGGGAACAACUAAAGAAAAGCUUGCCCUACAUAAUAUUGUAUAAAAAUCAGUUGAAUACUGGAAAAUUGAAUGAAAUAUAUGAGAGAUAAUAUAACUAUGUUGAAUUCUUGGAUUUCUUGGAUAUCUUUACUACUGAAUACAUAGUCUCAGAGAAGGAAUUGGAAAGAUUAAAAAAUUAGAAAUAAGAUGCAUAUUGA